ACAAUGGCAGAAAACAACGCCGACUACGACCUGUCGCAGCCGAUCACAUCAACUUCGGGCUUGAGACAAGGACUGGCAGGCUAUGGAGACCCUCACUUCUCUUUGUUCCUGCGAAAGGUCUUCAUCAAAGCCCUCGGAUAUGGCGAAGAUGCUCUAUCGAGGCCGAUCAUAGGCAUAAUCAACACCUAUAGUGGUUUCAACCCUUGUCAUGGCAACACUCCACAGCUCAUCGAGGCCGCUAAAAGAGGCGUGCAGUUGGCAGGAGGACUGGCAAUCGACUUCCCGACUAUCAGCAUUGCAGAAAGCUUCUCCGCCCCUACCAGCAUGUUUCUACGCAACUUGAUGAGCAUGGACACGGAAGAGAUGAUUCGUGCACAGCCUGUCGAUGCAUGCAUCAUGAUAGGGGGCUGCGACAAGACCGUUCCUGCGCAGAUCAUGGGUGGCAUAUCCGCAAACAAACCAAUCUUGCCCUUAAUCACCGGGCCAAUGUCAACCGGCAGCUAUCAGGGUAAACGUAUAGGUGCUUGCACAGAUUGUCGCAAUAAUUGGGCAUCAUUUCGAGCUGGCCAGAUCGAGAUUGAAGAAAUCGCCGACAUCAACGAAGAGCUGGCGCCCACCGUUGGCACUUGCGGUGUCAUGGGGACUGCUAGUACCAUGGCAUGUCUGACUGCAGCGCUCGGUCUGAUGCCGCUGAAAGGAGCAAGUGCACCAGCAGUAUCAGCAGCCCGUCUACGUAUAGCUGAGGAGACGGGUAGAAAUGCGGUCGCGGUAGCAGCGGCCAAACGGACACCUCAAGUCAUUCUGUCCCGUGGGUCCUUCCUGAACGCACUCAUUGUGCUUCAAGCAAUCGGUGGCAGCACAAACGGCAUAGUUCAUCUGCUUGCUAUAGUGAACAGGCACCCUGAGCUCGAAGGAACGUUGACCCUCAAGGACAUCGAUGAGGUGGGUAGAACCACGCCACUCAUUGUAGACCUCAAGCCCAGUGGAGACAACUACAUGACGGAUUUCCACAAUGCGGGCGGUAUGCUGGCUCUGCUACACACCCUCCGGCCACUCCUUCAUCUCUCCGCCUUGACCAUAAGCGGCCAGACACUUGGCGAAGUGCUCGACGCAACACCCUUCAAAUCCUUCUCCUACUCGACCUCCAUCAUCCGGCCCCUCUCGAACCCACUCUCGUCUUCGUCCAGCCUCGUUGUCCUUUACGGCAACCUCGCACCACAAGGCAGUGUCAUGAAGGCCUCGGCGUCCAAAGAUCGUUCACUCUUAUCGCACUCCGGCCCCGCAGUGGUCUUCCGCGACGCAGCAGACCUCGCUCAGCGCAUCGACUCGCCAGACCUCGACGUAAAGGCCUCCUCGGUCUUGGUGCUGCAAAAUAUCGGUCCGCUUGGAUACCCAGGUAUGCCUGAGGCUGGACUCAUCCCAAUCCCACGGAAACUUAGCCACGAAGGCGUGGUCGACAUGUUACGAAUCAGCGACGGAAGGAUGAGCGGCACGGCAGGUGGAACAAUAGUACUGCAUGUUUCCCCCGAGUCCGCGUUGCCGGAGGGUGUGUUGGGGAUUGUGCAGGAUGGGGAUCAAAUCACAUGUGAUGUAGAGAAACGGAUCUUGAGGCUUGAUGUCAACGACGCUGAAAUUGAGAGGAGACUGCAGAAGAGAAGGGAUCAGCUGUUUGGAAGUCAAGGUACACCGCCGCAACCUUCAGUGCUGACCAAGCGCGCAACUGAGAGGGGUUAUCGUGGGCUCUAUGAGAGGACGGUCAACCAGGCGCAUGAGGGUGCCGACUUCGAUUUCCUAACUGCAAGUGGACCUAAGCCUCCAACGUGAGGC